AUGACUCACUACAACCUCGAUGUGCCAGCCAGGCUCAAGCGAUCCUCCCACCUUGGCCUUUCAAGUAGGUGGGACCAUGGGGAUGAACCAGACUUUGAAUAGCAGUGGGACCGCGGAGUCAGCCCUAAACUAUUCCAGAGGGAGCACAGUGCACAUGGCCUACCUGGUGCUGAGCUCCCUGGCCAUGUUCACCUGCCUGUGUGGGAUGGCAGGCAACAGCAUGGUGAUCUGGCUGCUGGGCUUUCGAAUGCGCAGGACCCCCUUCUGCAUCUAUAUCCUCAACCUGGCGGCAGCCGACCUCCUCUUCCUCUUCAGCAUGGCUUCCACGCUCAGCCUGGAAACCCAGCCCCUGGUCAAUACCACUGACAAGGUCCACGAGCUGAUGAAGAGACUGAAGUACUUUGCCUACACAGUGGGCCUGAGCCUGCUGACGGCCAUCAGCACCCAGCGCUGUCUCUCCGUCCUCUUCCCUAUCUGGUUCAAGUGUCACCGGCCCAGGCACCUGUCAGCCUGGGUGUGUGGCCUGCUGUGGACGCUCUGUCUCCUGAUGAACGGGUUGACCUCUUCCUUCUGCAGCAAGUUCUUGAAAUUCAAUGAAGAUCGGUGCUUCAGGGUAGACAUGGUCCAGGCCGCCCUCAUCCUGGGGGUCUUAACCCCAGUGAUGACUCUGUCCAGCCUGACCCUUUUUGUCCGGGUGCGGAGGAGCUCCCAGCAGUGGCGGCGACAGCCCACACGGCUGUUUGUGGUGGUCCUGGCCUCUGUCCUGGUGUUCCUCAUCUGUUCCCUGCCUCUGAGCAUCUACUGGUUUGUGCUCUACUGGUUGAGCCUGCCGCCCGAGAUGCAGGUCCUGUGCUUCAGCUUGUCACGCCUCUCCUCGUCCAUAAGCAGCAGCGCCAACCCCAUCAUCUACUUCCUGGUGGGCAGCCGGAGGAGCCACAGGCUGCCCACCAGGUCCCUGGGGACUGUGCUCCAACAGGCGCUUCGCGAGGAGCCCGAGCUGGAAGGUGGGGAGACACCCACCGUGGGCACCAAUGAGAUGGGGGCUUGA